CGCCUUCUAUGUGUUAAUAAGGGAAAAAAUUAAUUUCUAAUUGUGUUGAUGUUGUUUUUAAUUAGUGGUUUCACUUUAAAUUAGUUUCCUUUGUUUCCAUUUUUUGUUUUGUUCACUGAUCACUGGUCACCUUGAAUUCGUUCUUUUUUCUAGUGAAUUUCCAUCAGUUUGUUUUGUUCCAUUACCAAUGGCUAAUUCCGAUGAUGGUGAAAAGAGCAACAAUGGGAUCUCCUCUCAAGAACAGAAUAUUUCCAAAUCAAAUAGUAAAAUGUCUGGUGUUGGUGGGGAUUUAGGGUGGCAAUCAUCCCAUCGAAAGCUUUCAAAACCCAAUUUCCUGGAUCUCAAGCGCGAAAAUCAUGUUGACUUUUUACAAACUCCCGAUUUAAAUAAAGUAAUAAUCUCCAGUCCACAAUUAGACUCAUUGGUUGCUCAAUUUCCACCAACAAUACCCAAUCUGCUUACCCCUGCUCUCGAGGUUUUACCAACUAUGGAAAAUGUCAAUAACAGUAAUAAUCACAACAGUAACCAUAAUGCCAGUAAUACUUCAGUUAUUAGCAAUAACAUCAAUACCAAUAAUAAUAACAAUGGUCCAACUUUUAAUAAUAACAACAACAAUAAUAACCACAAUACUCAUAACUCAUUAUCAAAUGGAUUAACGUUCAAAUCAUCCUUAUUACCUGACGAUGACAAGCUGAAACUUGAAAGAAAAAGAGAACGGAAUCGUCAAGCUGCUGCAAAGUGUCGUAAUAAAAAGAUCCAAAAAAUAACCGAAUUGGAAGCAAAAAAGGCUCAAUUGGUGAAACAACGGGAAUCAUUAACAGAGAAUAUUAAAAAAUAUCAAGAAGAAAUUGAUGCUCUACAAAGAGUUCUCGUGGAACGAAUUAAAACCUCUGGGGUAAUUGAUUUAACAUACUGAGGGCAAGAUGGCGGAUUAAUGAUAAUCAUCAGUGAAAAAACAUCAAUAAACAAUCAAACAAAGUCAACAUUUCACCAACAGAACUGAAACACAAAGAAGAGACCUAAAUUCAUCUUAUAUAUAAAAAAAAAAACAAACCAUGUUAAUCAAAAAUCGCCAAAAAAUUUACAAUCACCCUGAGAGAAGAGCGCAAAGGAAUCAAGAUUAAGUAAAUGCUUCUUGUAUAUUAUAAAUAUAUUAUAUAUUUUCAGAAUUUAAUCAUGAGAAACCAAACUAUUCAAAGAAACAAAUUCACAUCCAACAAAAUAACAUCUAUGACAAAUAUAUUCUUAUAGCAAAGAAACAAAAAAGAAAGUGUAUUUUUAAUGUUCUCCUGCGCUUGGGACAAUGUUUUUGUUUUUUCUCUUUCUUUUCAUUUUAUUCCCUCUCUUUUUCUCUUUCUUUUUUGUUCUUUUCUCUUUCCAAUUUGUUGUUCUCUCUCUUUCCUUUAAAAGUCUUUCUCUUUCUCUUCUUCUCUCUCUUUCCCUCUUAUGUUCAAAAUCAAACAAAACAAGCAAAUUAUGAGUCAUGCCUAUUAACUGGUAUAUAUUUUAAUCUCUUCAACUGUGAUCUAAUUAUCACAUGACUGUAUUUUAAUGAUUAGACCUUGUGAUAAAUUAAAUUACAUUUUUGGCCAAAUUAAA